CCACGGUUGACUACUCCCUCAAAAACUCUAACCAUGGUUAGUUAGCUCAAGGCCUUCUCUGGCUCCUUCCGUUCCACUGGCUCUUGAGUUCAGCUGAGCUGAGCUUUAACACGAGCCUGUCUCUCUAUGAACGUCAGACUGUGUGGAUCUAAGCUAUGCUGAGGAAAUCUCCUGUUAUAACCACUCCAGAUCCGCUCUCUUUCACGUAGAUCUCACCACUUUUGCAACGGGAUCUACCUGAAUCUCUCCAAUUUCCCUUGGAAUUAGUGUUUUCCGCCGGAGGUUGUAUAUUUUCCGGGAAAAUUGUGCGUCUUGGGUUGGAUGUUAGACGGGGAUGAACUAUUUUCCGGACGAGGUUUUAGAGCACGUGUUCGAUUUCGUAUCAUCGCAUAGGGACCGCAACGCGGUAUCUCUGGUGUGCAGAUUAUGGCAUAGAGUAGAAAGGCUUAGUAGGCAGAGAGUGUUCGUCGGAAACUGUUAUGCACUCAGUCCCGAGAUACUGAUCGCGAGGUUUCCGGGUCUCAAGUCGCUAACUUUGAAGGGGAAGCCUCAUUUUGCAGACUUCAACUUGGUGCCACAUGACUGGGGAGGCUAUGUGCAACCUUGGAUCGAGGCCUUGUCAAAUAGUAGGAUUGGCUUGGAAGAGCUUAGACUGAAGAGAAUGGUGGUCUCGGAUGAGAGCCUCGAGCUUCUUUCGCGGUCUUUCGCGAAUUUUAAGUCUUUAGUGCUUGUUAGCUGUGAAGGGUUCACCACCGUUGGCCUUGCAGCUAUAGCUGCUAACUGUAGGUUUCUUAGGGAGCUGGACCUGCAAGAAAAUGAAAUUGACGAUCAUAGUGGCCACUGGCUUAGUUGCUUUCCUGACAGCUGCACAUCACUCAUCUCCCUGAAUUUUGCGUGCCUCAAAGGAGAAAUUAAUUUAGCAUCUCUUGAGAGACUUGUGGCAAGAUCUCCUAAUCUCAGGAGUUUGAGGUUAAAUCGUGCGGUGCCUCUUGAGACGCUCCAAAAUAUAUUGAUGCGAGCGCCUCAACUAGUGGAUUUAGGGACAGGAUCAUAUGUCCAUGAUCCUGAUUCAGAGACCUACAAUAAACUCAAGCAUACCAUUCUGAAUUGUAAAUCAAUUAGGAAUUUAUCAGGGUUUUUGGAGGUUGCUCCUCGCUGCCUGCCAGCCUUUUACCCUAUCUGCUUGAAUUUGACCUCCUUAAACCUAAGCUACGCCGCAGGGAUUCAUGGUUCUGAGCUUGUAAAGCUAAUUCGGCACUGUGCAAAACUUCAGCGCCUAUGGAUACUGGAUUGUAUUGGAGAUAAGGGACUAGAAGUCGUAGCUUCCACUUGUAAAGAGUUGCAGGAAUUGAGGGUUUUCCCAUCUGAUCCCUUUGGGGUCGGGCAUGCUGCUGUGACAGAAAAUGGCCUGGUUGCUAUAUCUGUUGGUUGCCCAAAGCUUCAUUCAUUGCUGUACUUCUGCCAGCAGAUGACAAAUGCUGCUCUCAUAGCCGUAGCCAAGAACUGUCCAAAUUUUAUCCGCUUCAGACUCUGCAUUCUUGACCCUACAAAACCUGACCCUGUGACCAUGCAGCCUUUAGAUGAUGGCUUUGGAGCAAUUGUCCAGUCAUGCAAGCGUCUUCGACGAUUGUCGCUAUCUGGCCUUCUAACUGAUUGGGUUUUCCUUUACAUUGGGAUGUAUGCUGAGCAGCUUGAAAUGCUCUCAGUCGCAUUUGCUGGGGACAGUGACAGGGGCAUGCUCUACGUGUUAAAUGGGUGCAAGAAGCUUCGCAAGCUUGAGAUCAGGGACUGCCCGUUUGGUAACAAGGCACUUCUAACGGACGUGGGAAAGUAUGAAACAAUGCGAUCCCUUUGGAUGUCGUCCUGUGAAGUUACUCUUGGAGGCUGCAAGACACUUGCGAAGGAGAUGCCUAGGCUUAAUGUGGAGAUCAUAAAUGAACAUGAUCAGAUGGAAAUUGGCUCAGAUGAGCAGAGAGUAGAGAAGAUGUAUCUGUAUCGGACACUGGUCGGGCCAAGGAAAGAUGCACCGGAAUUUGUGUGGACAUUGUAGGUGAGGUGUAUUCGGGCUGUCUCAUAGGCUGUGCCAUUUUUAUUUUUAUUUUUAUUUUUUCAUGUUAUUAAGUAGUACUUCUUUUAGACCGUCAUGGUGAAUUAGCGUUAUGUUAUUGUUAUAUGUACAAGAGGUUUGCUAUUUGUAAUUUUCGUUAUUAUAAAUAGAGUUGUGCUGGCAUUGGCAAAUUUAAUAA